AUGUCUCCGCAAGAUUUUGUUGAAGCAAACUCGCUUUCUGGUCUGAUCCAGCUUGCUGGAAACCCUCCGAAGUAUCCACGAAAUCCAACCGAGCAGAAAAGGGCCAAUCUAGUUCUCUAUAUCGCCAGAGUACCUGGUAGCAAUGAUAUCAUUCUUACAACCUUGAAACCACUACUCAAGAAUGUCACAUCCGAAGAUGUCGCAAACUCUUUAUACUACUUACAUCUAAAUUCGGAUGAGGAUGCCCAACUCUUACCCGAAGAGCAGCCGAUUCCCUCCCGGGCACUGUCUAAAAAGACUUUACCCCGCAAACCUCUACCUGAUGGCUCUAGGGCCCAGUCUUUGGAUAUUGAUAGGCAGAGUGUGUUGAAUUUAGAGCGCCUACAACACCAAGCACCUACGCUAGAUAUCCAGAAGGAUGAUACUUCGGGACACGAUGACAUCGUGUCCCCGCGUGACAACGUUGCCAAUAAGCCAAUGGUAGCAGAAGCAGGUAGUUCUCGGCGGGUCGUAGGUCAGCAUCCUUCUAUGGCGCGAUCAAAUACCGUCAACAGAAAGCCUCUCACGAAAAUAAUGCCUCAAAAUUCGAUAUUCACUCCAGAGUCUUCUCAGAUUGGCAGUCCUAUUCACAAUGAUCUGGAAACAUCACACCGGCCUCAAAGUAGCCAUACGAUGUUUGAAAGACCCAAACCAGUUGACGAUUCUGCGAAGGCAUUUUCGAUAACCAUCAUUCGACGAGAUCCAACCUCGGGCGCCCAAUGGAAUGUCGGCAUAGUUGAGGGAAAAUCAAAUCCUCCCACUGUAGGGAUGACGGCAACUAAAAAACCUUACUAUGACAUUUCUGUGCAUAUCACAACGCCAGGCUAUACCUAUUUCCGCAAUCAUACUCACCCGAUAGGCAAUAACAAGCUCGGUGUGACGCAAAAGGCUGGGGUCUCCGGAUCUGGGUUUCACAGUCAAAUAUCGAUGGAAUGGGCUAGUUCAUGGAAUCAAACUUUCAAACAACACAGAAGGGCAAUAUCUGAUUUCUCGACAAAUCACAGCAGAAAUAACAGCGGCAGCUCGGAAGGUCCGCAGGAAUCUGAUCCAGAAAAUCGGUCCGCAGAUGGGUCCGAAAAUUCUCGCGCCAAGGGUUACACGUUCUUAAGUCCUUGGGGAGGUACCUGCACUUUCUCCACCGGUGGCGCUGGCCGGUCCUUACGUUGUCUACACAAGCUACCAGCCCCAGUCUCCGCAGAUUCCACCGCCUCUUCGUCAAGCUCUGUAACUGUGAGCGAACUUCGCUUCAAUUUACCAAGUUCAGAUUUAUUCGAUAGAGAGAAGAUGGACUUGGCUGCAGCUCAAGUCAAGAGUGGGUCGACUAAGCUCACACGAAAACUAGGAAGUUUCCGUAAAAGACUAUCUAAGUCUAGCCCUCACCAUCCAUCUGAAACUCAGCUGCAUCAAACGUCUCAUGCUAUCCCAUACGCAAGUGAUGGGACGGAUCUUUCCCAUCUACCACCUAGACCUUCCUCGAUCAACUCAUCAUUUGAAGAAGACUCUCCGCCCUUGACACAAAGAUUAAAUGACUUCUUAGACGAGCUGACAAUCUCGAAUGAUAAUGACGAUCGGCUGGACCUUAGUAUUGGACAGGAAAAGGCCGGUGGUGGGAAUAGAGGCAAGCGUGCAAAACUUGGAAAACUUAUCAUCCAUGAUGAAGGCUUGAAGAUGUUAGAUCUAAUCAUAGCGGCCAAUAUUGGCGUUUGGUGGACCAUUUGGAACCCAAACUAG